CUUCGUGCAGCCAACAGUCUUUUCCAAGAGAAGUGUGUCACUUAGAUGCUACACCUGGCUCAUCGUUCGUUUCAGACUAUAGCGGAUAAUGUAACCGUAACAGUUUGAAUUAGGAAUAGCCAACUUAAGUUCCGGUUAACAAUCCCGCGUCUUGGGAGGCAUCUAAGGAUUUUGUACUUAAGCAACAACCAAAGAGUGGACUUUAAAAAUGGCAACAAGCAGCCUGGACCAGUCCCUGAAUACUGCGCUCACCUGUUCGGUAUGUUUGGACCUUUAUAAAGACCCGAGAACUCUACCAUGUCAGCAUAUCUUCUGUUUGGCAUGUCUUAGCGGCAUUAUGAAGGCGGACAGGUCAGUUUGCUGUCCAAUUUGUAGAGAGAUAGUCAGACUUGGAGCCACGGGUACAGCCAGCUUGCCAAAAAGUUUACUGGCGGCGGGACUCGUUGGAAACCUUCAAGGGCGCCCUGUAAGUCACGCCACAUCAGGAAAUGCCCGAGAAAACCAAAGGAGGAUAAGGCGGUGUCAAAAGCACCCGACGGAAGAGAUUUCUUUAUUUUGCAGAAAAGACAGCGCCCUGAUUUGUUUGCAAUGUCUGGCACUAAGACACAAAAAACAUAAAUUUACGACAGUUAAGGAAGCUGCCGCUGACAGGCGCACUUCCCUUUACAAGUGUAUUUCAGAUAUACUGCCAUUAGCCACAGCUUAUGACAAAGCACACGAAGAACUCGAGGACAUAAUAAGCACGUGCCAAAAUGAAAAAGAUUCCAUAAGCCAACAAAUCAACAACAAAGUUGAAAGUUUGUGCAGUUUAAUUAGAAAACAAGGAGACGAUUUGCUAAAGACUGUUGAUGAAAUAUAUGCACAUGAAAUGGAGCCGUUUUUCACCGGAAGGGCAUUGAUCAACAGAAUCCGUGACCGUAUAAAAGACACACGACAAAGCGGGGAAGACUCAAUUAAAAAUGACUCAGAUUUAGACUUUAUAGAGCAUCAGCCUCAACUAUGUAGUGACCUCAUUAAACUAAAAAAGGAAACAAUCUUGCCUCCAUCAACUGCCAAAGGAUUUAAAGUUACUUUCGUGCCAAAAGUUUUGAAGAGUUUCGAUGAAGAACCGACCACCGCUGGGUUAAGACGAAAGGUUUCGCCCAAGAAAACCUACACAACAACGAACCUUGAAAAAGAAAGUAAUAAUCUAACAGGUAAACUCGUUCUCAGUAAGCCGUCCUCUUUAAAGGCUUGGAUGGAUAGUGCUUCACAUGCAGUCCCAUUUGCAAGUCUACAAAGGCCACACAGCAUAGGUGGAAUGCUAGAUAUUCUUGGCCACAAAGAGGAUGAACAACAAUUAGCAAGUGAAGACAUUGCGUCUACCUCAAGCACCCCAAUGCGACGAGCGCAAAGCGUUUCCGCCGUACGCAGGGUGCAAGACACUAGACAUGGGGACGUUACACAAAGGCAAACCAGUCAAAUGCCAAUCGAUGAAUUUGUAGCUGCAUAUAUUGAUACAAGGAACAGCACUGCCGGAUGCUCCCAAACGCCAAAUGCUCCGGAGUCAGAUGAAUAAGAUUUUGGUACAUUCCAGUAGAUAUGAUAUCGGAUAUCUGAAGG